AUGCCGGCGAUGAUGAUGAUGAUGAGAGGAGAUGAUGAUCAUGAUCAUGAAGAUAAUGCUUCAUCCGACUGCUGCUGCAGCUGCAUGAUCAAGUACAAUACUAAGAAAUUGGGUGGUGGAGUGGUGCCGAUAAUGGUCGGAAAACAGGACGAACAGCAACAGAGAUUCGUGGUGCCUGUCGUGUAUUUCAACCAUCCACUCUUCUCCAACCUCUUGAAGGAGGCCGAACAAGAAUACGGCUUCCAUCAACAACAACUAGGCCCCAUCAACAUCCCCUGCCACGUCGAUCAAUUCCUCGCCGUUCAACACACCAUUCAUCAUCAACAUCAUCAUCAUCUCUUCAUCCGCUGCUUCAACGUAUUAUAA